AUGGCUCCUAAAGUUACGGAUCCUCGUAAAGUUAAAUAUUUUGAAGGAAGAUCAGAAUUUCUUCUUCGACACUGUCGACCAGAUGAGAAAGAAGAAUUUGUUAAAACCACAUUUAUGGAACUUAUGAAGGAUGGUUGGUCACUUUGUACAAAUGGAAGAGUUGCCAAUUGCAUAGAGAAAAUGGUUCCGUAUGCCACUGCUGAAGCAAUUGGAUUACUCUUAAAAACCCUUACAAAAGAAAUACAUUCAGUUCUUAACACCAAAUUUGCACACCAUGUUUUGCACGCUGCACUACGGCACUGUGUUGAAAAUCCAGAAUUUCGUGAUGACACCCUGAUUUCGUCAUCUAUUGAAGAAUAUCUCGACUUUAUGUGGGAGAACCACAUGACACUACUUCAAGGAACUCAUUCUUCUCCUGCAUUGAGGAUUUACGUUCAACUAUUAGCAGGUGUCAGUGUUCCUAAAUCUCCUCAUUCUGGUCUCUACGAUGUAACCAAAAUCGCUCUUUCUGAUCCCCUUGAUCCACAAACAUAUAAAAGCAAAAUAACGGAGUUGGUAAAUGUAUUUUUACUCUCAGAAGGAUUUAAUAACUACGUUAGAGAUGCUAUGUCUGGCGCUUUUCUUCAGAUACUUCUAAUAAUUUGUUAUAAGCGGAUGGAGAGCCAUUUCGAAGCAAUUUGUUCGACGAUCUUUCGCCGAUCAAAAAUUCUGAAAACAGAUGAAGAAUCUGAGGUGAUUAAACUGUACGGCGAUUAUAAUCAUGCGCUUCCGAUGGGAUUCUCUGAUCCUGUAGCGAUUUUCUUUACGGAGACUCUAAUUGGGCUUCUUCCUGGUCGUUUAGUUCAAAAACUGCUCGGGGAUCAUAUUCUAACCAUCUCGUUGUCUUCAGAGGAUUCUGAGGUGGAGACAAAACCAUCAAUCGCUUCGGCUCUAGCUGGCCACGAGAAUGCUUGCCGAGUUUUGCGGGCUGUGAUUAGAUCAACAAAACAUGCCUCUGACUUACAAUCCAUCAUGUCUUCACUUCAACUUCCUGGGUAUGAUGGGAAACUCGGUUUAGAGGUGGCUUUGAAAGCUAAUCAGCAUUAUCUUCUGAUUGUGCUGGCUGAAGCCUGUCGGAAAUGUACUGGCUCAAGUGCUGAACGCCUUCAGGAUAUCUGUGAACAGAUGCUUUUGGAGGCAUUUGGUUUCCCUCUGAAGACGAAGAAACCAACUGAUCAGCUAAUCAAGGCUUUCGUUCGACUUAAACGCUUCGCCGAGUUGAAACCGCCGAAGGACGGUGAUGGUGGUACCAGUUGUGAGGAUAAUGGCGAAGAGGAACCACAUGAAAUUAAAACUGAAGAUGCAGGCCAAGGUGAAGUAGUAAUCGCUUCGACCGAUGAAAAGGUAACAUCCUGUCAGUUGGCGGGUUGUCUACUGGCAGAGGAAGUAUUCGGAUUCACCAGUCAUCGUCCUAUACGCCUCGCAGCAAGUUUAGCCUCUCUUCCACCCAAUGAGAUGUUCGCAUGGUGCCGAAAUUGUAUGCUUCAUCGGGUCAUUGAAAGCGCCAUAAUCUCACCUUCUGUCCCCGAACAAAGAAAGCUACAUAUUUUUGAGUCUCUCAAGCCUGUUUUGAAAAUACUCGCUACAGAUCAGUCUGGAAGUCGCGUAGUAGAGGCUCUAUGGCGAAGUGGAGAUAUUGCCACCUCACAGCCCUCAAAGCAGGCCAACGCUAUGAUCUCCAUUCGAGAGGAAUUGGCCAAAGCCCUUGCCCCAGCCUCCGAUCGAAUAGCCAGCUCUAAAUUCGGUCGUUUUGUGGAAAAUUUGGUGGGUAGUGCAGCCUACUCCAAAAACCCCAAACUUUGGCGAGAAGCUAAACUCUGCGGGUCCCACACUACUACUGCCGUGGGGACACAAUUAGUGUCUGCAGGCAAGGGAGCCCCAAAAAGCACCUUCAAAAGAAAAUUGCCUACAGAUUUCCGCAAACUAAAGCGACUGGAGGAGAAACAGAACAAGAAAACUAAGAGAAGCUGUACUUAA